GCCAUGCGGCUGUCCCGUGUUUGACAGGCUCUGUCCCGGACGAUUUUGCGUCCCGCGACCGGCGAAAUACGUCCGUGAUCGUCGUCGACGCGCGCCGAUCGACGCGUCGCGGUGUCGCGAAAGUGCGCGAGUGCCUGUGCCGCGAGUGACGCGACGAGUAAGUCGUGUUCCUGGCGAAACGACGACGGGGUCCUUUGGCUCCCGCGCCACGACGACCAAGGUUAACGCUCGGAUACGGCGAUCGCAGUUGCAACAAUGACGCUGUUGCAGCAAGGCGGACGAGAGUACGAUAACCUCAUGGAACAUCAUUCAUCCUUGGCUAUGACGCAACAUUUCUGCGGAUUUGACGAUAAAUGGACGAGGAGCGAUAAAGAGGACUCUCUCCCUCGAAGCUGAUCACGUUUUUGAAAAACAAUGACUGCCGAAAAUCUUAACGAAGAAUUAUCCUUCGAGGCUAAUCCAUCCCUUGCGACUCUCAUCGUAGAAGAUGUACUUUACAAAGGGGAAGGAAACGCCCAUAUUGUUGUCGCAUUGCCACACGAGCGCAAGGUAAUACGAUUCCGGAAGUCGUUGCCGGACGAGGUUUCACCGGACGGCGGCGAAACACGCGCUCAACGGGAAGUGUGGUACGCCAGGAACGUGGUUUCCUGUUUUUUGGGCUCUUACGCGCACAUCCCCGAAAUUGUUCGUUUCCAAGCAGCUGAUAUAGCCAAGUUGUCAGACGCCAUCCGCCCUCAUCGACCAGAAAAACGCCGGCACAAGGUAAUUACAGACACAUGCUCUACAAAGUUUCCGGAUUACACGUUUCUAGAUUUGCGGUUGGAAAUCGAUCAGACUGUGUUUCGAGACCGUUCGACGUUCUGCGUGGAGAUAAAACCGAAACAGGGAUACUUGCGAGAAACGGAGCGGAGAUUUCCCGCGUGUCCGUAUUGCCUCAACCAGUAUGCCAAGCUGCGUAAAGGGGACAUCGCCGUUCGUAGCAAUUACUGCCCGUUCGAACUGUUCUCCGGAGUGGAAGCGCGUAUGAAAACCACUGUGAAGGAGCUUCUGAGGUCACCGCAAAAUAAUCUGAGAAUCUUUAAGGACGGCACCGUCAUCUAUAAUCAGGAGUCGUCAUCCAAUGAUCUCGAGGACGUGCUGAAUAAAUGGUUUCGGAAUGCGACGACGACGCGCGUCGAUGAGUUUUGCAGUUUGGUGUGCAGCGCCCUCACGCGGCCUUUUGUGCAAGAACAACUGGAAGAGUCAUCCGUCGCUCGCGGUCCAUGUAACUUUUGCCCAUCCGCGAAUCAACUUCCGUUCUGCGUUGAACCGGACGCGAUCGCGAGAGCCGAACGCUGUCUUCGUCUCGCGGGAAAGAAUUGUAAUUUUGAUGGCAACGAGUUGCCGAGAAACUCGGUGCUAGAACGAAUUCGGAACAUGCAGCGAUUGUCUUAUGUGAAUACCAAUUACAUUUACGGUAUUUACUCCGACUAUGCAUCGUUGUUGAAUGACGAUAUGAUAUACUCCGACUUAAUGAAAUUACAAAGUGAGACUCACGCCAGCACAAUUUUUGACCCUUUACCUGGUAAACCUACGAAGGCGAAAGACAUAAAAGGAAAAAACUCCGAAACGCUUUUUGAGAGCACCGUUGCAAAAGAAUACGAUGGCAAUUUCAACGGAAACCAUAAUGCCAGUUCAGAAUGUAUCUUAUCUACUAAUGUCAAGAAAAUAGACAUAAAUGGCGAUUUUGUGUCGCAAACAGAAAUUAAUGAUAAUCUAGAUUCGUGCCGGUUAUUUUAUGGAAACACAAGUUUGCAUAAUCAGAAACCUAAUGACCACGAUGACGAGCAAAAGGCAAAUAUGCAGAUUAUCGCCCAACAUUUAUCGACGUUGCGAAAUUAUCUUUUAUUCGCCAUUGCCAGAGAUUGCUCGAUAUUAAUGACUUUCCGCGAAUUGCAUCCGGAAAACUUAUCAAAAGUGCCCGUAGAAAAUACGAUCAAGCUUUCGGAGCAACUGUCUUUCUUAAGCAGUGUCAGAGUCUCCGAUUUAGACCCGAAAAGUAUUCACUCUAUCGAGAAGCAUCGACAACGAGAUGUUGCUAUCUUUGAUUCCGUGAUUUCUUCAUUGGAAAAUAUUUUUUUCAAGAGUAUAGAUGAUCGUCAAAGAAAUGGUACCAAUAAUAGUAUGGUAUAAAGAUAAAAAGAAUUUACAAGGUAAAGAGAAUCUAUAUGUAUAUAUAUCAUAUAUAUUAUAUAAGAACGUAUUUAUUAUGUGCACUUAAUUGAUGAUAUGCUUACCGAUUAGAACGUGUGUUGUUUCUAAUAAUAUGUAUAAGAAUUUCAAUCUCUCUUUGCAACAUUAAGUAGAUUGUUUAUAUAUCGCAUGACACUAUUAAAUUAGUAUAGUUAUCUCUUUUAUAGAGCCUAAGAAAUGCCUUAGAAAUUACUUUGGAAUGGAUAUAAUAAAUAAUAAAGUAAAAAAUGCGAUAUAUAUUGCUAGAGAAUUCAAAUAUAAAAAAAAAACAUUCUACUAUUCGACCCUCAUUUCUAAUUUUUAAUUACAUUACAUACACAUAAAAUUUUGCAAUAUUUUUAAUCUCUCACAAUCUAAAUAUAAUACACAAGGUUCCAUGUUACUGUUCUUUCUUUCUUUAUUUUUCAUUGACUUUACUCAACUUUUAAACCAAAUAAUAAUGAAGAUCUGCAAGAUGAUUAAAUUAAUAUAACAUAAAGUAACAAUUAUCUCAUUUAUGGUAUAUUCAAUAUUAUUAUCUUGAAUUUAUUUUUUAUCUAGUUUUUUUACACUUUGAAAAGAGCAAAUUAUUUUUUUUAAUUGAAUGAAAAUUACCACAUAUUGAUUUGCAAUGUAUUUUAAUUUAAUUUAAUUUUUUUUAUUUAUAUAUCAAAUCAAACUUUUAUUUUUUUGAGAUUUAAAACAUUUUACAAAUAUUCAUCAAAAUUAUAUAGAGUCACCAUUGGAAAUGUGUUGAAAAUAAAUGGAAUCCCAAACAAUUUGUCAUGCAAUUCUUCUCAGAAGCUUCGUCAUUUCAGCCGCCAAUAGUGUCAUGUCAUCUGUAUAUCUUAGAUUAAAUUUUUUUUUAGCCUCGAAACUCCACCAUCCUAUCCUUCCAAUGCUGUGCGUAUUAACUUUUUGGUGUAGUUUCGCAAUCUUUUAUUAAAACAAUUGCGAGCAGAAAUACAUAAAAAAAUUGAAAAACAUUUUAAUGAAAGAAGUGAUGGAGUGCGUGUAUAUAAUAUGGAAAACUAACGUCUUUGAAUAUAAUGUCUUUCAAUUUUUUCAAUGUAAAUCAUAUCUCUAUCAUAAUAACAUAUAUAAUUGUUAUGGUUUUCUUUACUUGUUAUAUAAUUCUAAAUGAUUAAUUGUUAUCACUCUAAAAGAAAGAAUAUUACAUGGUUUGAAAAAGAAAGGAAAGAAUUUAAAUUUUUGUAAACACGCGACUUUAAUCGUGUUUUUUUAAAUACGUCAUUCGUGACUAAAUUUAUUAAUUCUUUGUCUGUCUAAUGGAUGGCAUUUCGCACGUGGAUUAUAUCGGGCUGCAUUAUCAUCAAAAAAGUGCCCUGAAAUACUCACUUUCAAUAGCUUUAAAAUGUAUAAAUUAUGCGAAUGGAAAAAUAUUUAUGUAUAUUACAAAGAUAUGAUGUGGAUAUACUAUUUAUUUUAAACAUAGAUCUUUUGUUAAAAUAUAAAUAUAAGAUGUAUAAGAUUUUUAUACGAAUAAUUUUUAUAUGAAAAGAAAAUACGAAACAAGAGAUAUGUAAUAACAGAUAGUAUGGUAAUAUAUGUAGUUUAUUUAUAUCUAAAGGACUGCGAGCAAUUUGCUAAUUGUCUCAAGAACAAAAUUUAGUCAUCAUAGUUGAACUUAAAACGCUUAUAUAUUCGAGACAUCAGCUAAUUAUAAUAUUUAAUCGUUUUAAGAUAAGAAAAUGGCAAUUGGAGCUAAAUGCGAUACAUAGGACGCAUACAUGUUUUAUUAUGAAUACGAUAUUAUUGUUAAUAUAAAAACCAACACGAUAAAUGUGAAAUCCCAAAAGCGGACGUUUCAGCUCUUUCGUUGAGCUAUUUCUAGCGCAAAAAAAAAUAAUAAAAAUUAGAUAAACGUAGGUUAAAAGUCUCGCAGAGUCUUAGCCGAUUAUACAAAAUAAAAAACAUGAUCCUAGAAAAGUCAAAACCGAGAUCUCUCACAUCAUUAAUAAUGAAAAAAAGUAUAGUUUUCGAUAUCGUUAAGAGAAUGACUAACUCCUCGAUUGGUAGACCGAAAUUUAAAAAAUCUAAAAUAAGUAUAGUCAGGACAGUAUGCUACAAUUUUAAAUAAAUCUGUAAAAUAAGCGGUGCAGUUUAUGCAAGAGAAUGAUGUGAGAGAAUAAUAAAAUAUAUUAUCAUAUUUUUUUUUUAUAAUAUAGAAUAAGAUACAGAAUAUCCUGUUAGUAAAACAAGAAUCAAAAUUAACACUCGGCAUUUUAAUAAUGAUAAAAACAUUUUGCAUAUUUAUGAGUAGCUUUUUGUCUCAUUAACAAUUUUUAUGAUUGAAAAAUUUCUUUAGAAAAGAAAUAGUGAAUAUGAUUUUAGAGAAAUUUUUUUACAAAUGUAAAAAAAAAAUAAGAAAAUCGAAAGAAUUUAUCCUUCAAAAUCUACCGACUAUCCAAUAUAUGAUCAUAU